UGAACAGGUCGGUUACUGUCAAAGUUUCGAGGACAGCUGCAUUUGAACUCGAGUUGCUUAUAUAUCUAGAUAGACUACAUCUAUUCAUCAUCAACAGAUUUUCCACAGGAGGCUGCAAGUCAACAAACCAUCCACUGCAGGACAGAGGUUGCCAUGAGGGCGGCGUGUGUGAUCAUCUUGGCCUCCCUGUCGGUGUUUAUGUCACCCGUGACUCAGUCCCAGAGUCUCCCGGGGAAGGAAGACCCGUCUCUUGGUGAGCUCUUCCAGCGCGCCGAGAAUCUGCUCAUCAGCUCUUUACUCACACAGAUGGAGGACGAGAACAACGCCAAAGGUGAAGAGGUCCUAUCCGAGUCAGAGUGGAUGGAAAAGAGGCAACACCCGGGCAAACGACAACAUCCAGGUAAACGCGAGGAUGCGGACUAUGAAGUCGGCUCUUCCCUCGAGAAGAGACAACAUCCCGGGAAACGCGAGGAUGAGGAGAGGAUUAGAAGACAGCAUCCCGGAAAGCGCUUGUCCCUUGAGCAGAUAGUAGGGGAGAAUCCGAGCGCAGAGAUCGGGCUCUCCAAACGCCAGCAUCCGGGAAGACGGUACCUGAUGCUGCUUCAGAAACGACAGCAUCCCGGUAGGCGCGAAUUGUACGAGAGCGACCGGACAACUGAAGACCUGUUGGAUCUGGAAAAACGCCAACAUCCUGGAAAAAGACAGUGGGAGGCGAAUCCUCCGUGUGAGGAUUGGGAUGCGGCCGGCUGUAAUCAAGCCAGUAUCCUACUCGAGAUUCUGGAAAACGCCACUAAAAGUCGCACGGAGGAUAAGAAACAACAUCCCGGGAAGCGGUUUGAGUUAGAGUACGAUGCCACGGAACAGAAAUAAUUUUAGUGGAUAGUAUAAAUUAGUCCAAUGAAUAAUUAUUUAUUGUUUCACAAAAUAUUACAUUAUCGGCACCUCGUCUGACUCCAUGCGGUAUAUGUUUAAUUUGCCGGUCGCUUUCAAGUUUCUUAACAUUUACUAAUUCAAGCAAGAGAAUAUUUCCCAAGCAAAGUCGCGUUUUUCAAUAUUGUUGCAAUAACAUAGUGUCUCUAGAUGCGUUACUGUUACAGAUAUACAAUAGGUGGCAAAUAUAUGUACAGGUUUUAUUCCAUACACAGCUGUGGUGAACGGAAAGAAAUGCGCUCCUUACUUCGGCGAACUUGAACGUAUUCUAGCCUUUUACUGUCAGCCUUUCUACGUCUCAAUACCCUUUCAAAUGAGACGAUUCAAUGCAUGUGGUCAAAUUUCAAAUGAGAUUCCUCAAUCAUUUAAGUGUUCAAUAUAGAUUUUAAAAGAACUUUGCUUUAGCAUAAAAAAUUGACGGGA